CUUGCCACAGGGGCCCCCUCUGAGACUGCCCUGACUGCUGACAUGGGGACCCCCUUGAGACACCUCCCACGCUCUGCUACGAGGACCCCCUGGAGACUCCCACAGACCUAAAGACACCUACACCCUGGCAGGUCCUUCAGUCCUUUCCCUGGAGACACCCCUGCCCUGACCCCUCUAUGGAGACUGCCAUUGGCAUGGAGACCCUAAACCAUGGAGAUCCCCCCUGCAGAGACAACCGUAGACCUAGGGGUGCCUGAGGGUCCCUCAUGGAAGUACCUAUAGAUAAAGGAACACCAGUGCCAGAGACUUCCCCUGCUGUAGGGAUGCCUUGAUAUGGAGACACUCUUAGAUCAUCUGCCCACUCUAGCAUCACCACUGUCGGUGUGAGGACAGCACCUCACUGAGACACCCCUACGAACGUGAUCCCAGGUACAGAGUGUGUCUGCUCCGCUGGCAUCUAUGGACUUCAGUGGGAUGUGUGGAUGUUCAGGAGCCCUGAAAAUCAGGCCAUUCAUUUAUUUCCAGAGUAAAGCUUGCGCUUAAGCCUUGCUCAGAACAACACACACAUUUCUUUUCCUGCCAAGGGCAACAAGCACAGAUACAUGUCAGCACCCCCACCCUCCCUUGGCUAUUCCCUUGUGAAAUGACUUGUUCUUGUUUGCAUACACAGUAACUGUGAAUGGAGAAAACUCCAAACUGAAAAAUGCUCUGCCAGAAUAAAGGAAAAAGCCUAAUCUGAAAAUGGUUUUAGGUUCAUGUCUGCCAGGGAUUUAGUGCUAGCGAAAAGCCAUGUUUUUCAUGCAUGUGACUCUACAAGCUGUACUGAUACGUCCCUGGUGACUUGGGAUUGCCUUGCUUAUACAGAAAGAGGAGAUGCUGCUUUCAUAUUGCUUGUGCUGCAGUGUUUGUAUGUUUUUAUUCAUAACCCUCAUGCCCGUGGCCAGAAUGUAAGUGCGAAUCGUAUGCUGCAAAGCAGCCAGGAUUCUGAUAUAUCUCUUCUCAACAUUAACCAGGGGGUCAGCUGUCUAACAGCAGGAGUACUAAAUCCCCAACUUGGAUAUGAUUGUCUUCUAGUUGGAACACAGACCAAUUUGUUGGCUUAUGAUGUGUUUAACAAUUCCGAUUUGUUUUACAAAGAGGUUACAGAUGGAGCUAAUGCAAUCGUGCUUGGGAUGCUAGGAGAUAUUUCAUCUCCUCUUGCUAUUAUUGGUGGAAACUGUGCUCUGCAGGGCUUUGAUUAUGAAGGAAAUGAUCUUUUUUGGACGGUUACCGGGGACAAUGUCCGUUCAUUAGCAUUGUGUGACUUUGAUGGAGAUGGGAAAAAAGAGCUUCUUGUUGGGUCUGAGGAUUUUGACAUCAGGGUUUUUAAAGAAGAUGAGAUUGUGGCAGAAAUGUCAGAAACAGAGACCAUCACUGCACUUAGCCCUAUGUAUGGCAGUCGAUUUGGAUAUGCCCUGUCUAAUGGUACUGUAGGAGUGUAUGACAAGGCAUCUCGCUACUGGAGAAUCAAAUCUAAAAACCAUGCAAUGAGCAUACAUGCCUUUGACCUUAACUCUGAUGGCGUAUGUGAAUUGAUCACUGGAUGGUCCAAUGGGAAGGUUGAUGCACGCAGUGACCGAACGGGGGAGGUCAUCUUUAAGGACAACUUUGCUUCCUCAGUUGCAGGGAUCGUAGAGGGGGAUUACAGAAUGGAUGGUAACACCCAGUUAAUUUGCUGUUCAGUUGAUGGUGAAGUACGUGGCUACCUGCCAGGAAGCCAGGAGAUGAAAGGAAACUUGAUGGACACUAGUGCAGAACAGGAUCUAAUUCGGGAGCUUAGUCAAAAGAAACAAAAUCUGCUGCUGGAAUUACGAAACUAUGAGGAAAACUCAAAGCAGGUUGAAUUGAGUGCUCAGGUGAAGGAAGCUGAUGGGCAGAGGGGAGUGAUUCCAGCUAACACCCAACUCCAGACAGCCCUGUCAGUGAACCUGGGCUCUGACAGCCAGCCUGCCCAUGUGGAGUUGUGUAUUUCUACAUCUAAUGACACAGUCAUCCGAGCCGUGCUGAUCUUUGCUGAAGGGAUAUUUGAAGGUGAGAGCCAUGUGGUUCAUCCGAGUCUCCAAAACCUCUCGGGGCGCAUUCAGGUGCCGCUCACCCCUUCCAAAGAUGUCCCAGUCGAUUUGCACAUCAAAGCUUUUGUGGGUUACAGAAACAGCACACAGUUUCAUGUAUAUGAACUGACAAGACAGCUCCCCCGGUUUUCAAUGUAUGCCUUGAGCAGUCCUGACUCUGCCCCAGAACCUCUAAGUUUUGUUAACUUAACAAUCAGUGAGAGGGUGCAAAGGGUUGUUAUGUGGUUGAACCAGAGCUUUUUGUUACCAGAGGAUGCAGAACUCCAAAGUGCACCUUUUCAAGUCUGUUUCACUUCCCUGCGUGAUGCAGGACAGCUGUGCAUAAAAAUCAAACCCAGUGGGGAGAUUUCCAUCAGCACAGACGACAUAGAUCUAGCCGGUGACAUUAUCCAGUCAAUGGCCUCCUUCUUGGCAAUUGAAGACUUGCAGGUGGAAGCGGAUUUCCCUGCGUACUUUGAGGAGUUGCGGAAAGUGCUAGUUAAGGUGGAUGAAUAUCAUACAGUCCAUCAGAAACUCACUGCCGAUAUGGCAGACCACUCUAACCUUAUCCGUAGUAUGUUGGUUCGAGCCGAAGAUUCGCGCCUCAUGGGAGACAUGAGAAAUAUGAAGAAACGGUACAUGGAACUCUACGAUCUUAACAGAGAUUUACUUAAUGAAUAUAAAAUUCGUUGCACUAAUCACACCGAGCUGUUAAAUAAUCUUAAAGCUGUAAAUCAAGCUAUCCAGAGAGCGGGGCGGCUGCGUGUUGGGAAACCCAAGAUGCAGGUGAUCGCUGCGUGCCGGGAUGCCAUUAGAAACAACAAUCUAAAUAUGCUGUUCAGGGUAAUGCGAGUGGGGACUGCAUCCUUGUAAGAGGGGAAUAAUGAUGGCCUGGGGAUGGUACUUCCUUACAACAGAUCACGCUAGACACACGAACAGAUGUCAUAGGAACAGGUGCUCUGUAGUACUUUCUAUCUGACCGGUCCCCAAGUAAGCCAUUGGGAGAUGAAGGCAGGGUACUCGAUGUGUAGUAACGUAGAAGGGACCGGUAUUGACAAGCAAUUAAAUUAUCCCGUUGCCUGUUUUAGAAUGAAGUAAUUGGAAAGAUAGUCAGCUUUUUUUAAAGUAGCCAUCAGAUGGAAUUUGCUACUCUGAAGGCUAAAGGAUAGGAAAAUCCAUAGAGACAGGCUUAAAGUUUUAAAGUGCAGAUGUGGUAUUUAUGUAAGUCAUUCAAGGCAAUUGUAUUGCCCUGGAAUAGUUAUUUUUCUUACUGUAAAUUAUUAUGGAAUUUAAUAUAUUUUGCAUUUAUGGUAUCAGCUUUUCCAUUAAAAAAAUAGGACUGUCGGACUUUCCCCGUGUGUGUUCAAUUGGAAAAAUGCAUAAUUAUGUUUAUUUAUUUUAUAUUAAUGAAACACAUUUCAGGUUUUGGCUCCAUAGUUGUCAGGCAUUUUGAUCACAGCCUAUACCAAAUGAGAGGUAUUAUAUUAACACACUACUCUUUGAGGGUACCUUAACACUUAAAGAUAAGAAGGUAAAUAAAAAGAAAUAAUGAGUAGUUGGAUUCUUUUUAAGAGGCUCAGUCAACUUGUUAAUUUGAUUGUAGUGCAUAAUUCGGAUGGACUGCUGUUGAAUUUGCUUGAAUAUGAAUAAUUUUAUUAGGUGCCCCAUAUUCAGCAUGAAGACAUAUGGUCACCUAAGUAGGGGGCUGGAUUAGAGGGUAAAUUUUUAUGCCACAGCUGAUUCCUCUUAGGAGCUAAAAAUAAUUUUUAACUGAGGUAGCCUGACCUGGAGUGUAUCUUCAGCAUCUUUUUUCUUCAUGCUACAAGCAACUUCCACAUGUAACCAUCAAUACCUGCAUACAACAGGGAAGGGAAGGGGAGGGGAGGUGUCCUCAUUCCUCUAGGGCUAGAUGCACACAUGGGAAGGAAUUCUUGGACAACUUCUCUGUAGCUAACAGGCUUCUUCUGCAAGCUCUGAAAUAGAGCCAGUGGUGUGUCAUCCGCCAGAGAGACUAGGGAGCAUUGAACUGGCUAUAAACAGAAUUAUUUCUUGAAGUCUUUUAAUCUUGAGAAUGGCACUUGCCAUUGAUUCAUUCCCUCAAUAAGGAGAACCAUGCUGGUGCAAACAUCUGCCAUUUCAAAUGGGCUGCAAUAGCUUAUUGAAUUUGUGUAAGAAUUACAGGUUGCACCUCUAAAAUCCAGGAUUCUCUGGUU